AUGCCCCGAACAUCUUCAACACCGCUUUCUCCGCAAGGCAUGCCCCGGUCAUCAAGCGCUGCAGCCAUCAACAACAACAACCCCAAAGUUCGCUCUCAGACCAGUUCUAGGAUAAUUCGGGCCCAAAUCUCAAGCCCUAUUCCCAUACCAGAUUCACUGGACAAGGAGCUGGCCAUGAGACCACAAGAAGUUGGCUUUUCUGGGCACAUACCUCAGCACGUUAACCUCGCCAACCCCUCCAUGGACAUCUCACGACCGUCAGCGGAGUACGCUCGCCGCCGCAUCUCUUUCACACCUGAGCGAUCUCGGUCAGUUCUCCGAACGGCACUUAGCAAAAUAUUCGGCCGCAAAAAGGGGCCCCGGCCCAAGACGGGCCUGGCUUCUGCAGGCUCAGAGGAGGAUGGACAAAACCAGCAUUACAGUGAUCUCGCCAACAAUCCUGCCCCUGUUCAGAGCCCACCUCCGCAAGUGUCUGAAUCCAUUCCCAUUUCUGAAUAUGAUCGGGCGUUACGGUCCCAUUCCGUUGGUCCCGAGGAUGUGCUGGCCAUCCGGAGUGCGCGCAGCCCAGUCAACACAGAGUACAGUGGCCACCACAGAAGGCGCACCGGAACCGGUAGUGAUGCUCACCCGGCCAGUGCACGCUGGGUGAAGCCGACGGGAUUGACUCCACGUCCUGCCAGCACUCAGGAUUGGGGAAGCAGGCUGGUUGAUGACAGCCAUGACCCGGAAGAGAUUGGCCGUGCCAUUACUACAGGCCUUAAACGCCGGUCCAGGAGCCUGUCAUUUAUUCCUUUAGUCGACUCUACCCCCGCCCCUAGCAUCACACGGCGCCGCAGCGACGAGAUCCCUCGUGGAUGGCGAGAAAGCUACGACCAAGAUCCCACGUCCCCUCUAUCAUCAACGGCUCCAGAUGGCGAGGAUCGGGCCACCUUCAUCAGCGACAAAUCAGACGAUGAGUCCAAGGCAGAUGACGAGGCAGAGAUGCCGGAUGAAAUCGACUCACCGGUAAAGCCCUUUACCUUUAGUAACAUCCCGUACAUGACAGAGUUUGCCGGCACGAGCAUGAAAAUCACAGACGCCGUCGGUCUUGAGACGCGGAUUGGCCAAGUUGAAAAUCGUUUAAGCCUGGUGGAGGGGCUUCUGACGCAUGCCCGUCAAGCGUCUCCAUUUUCUGGGUUGCCAGACGAUGCCUCAGAAAAAUUGGCGCCACCUGCACCUGUAUGGUCGUCUACCUUCGCAACGGCGGUUCGUCCAUCUUCUCAUUCCUCUGCUCAGUUUUCUGGGACCUCUAGACUCUCGUUUGGCGAGAUUCCGAUCUAUGCUCGAUCAACAAGCCAACAAGCAACAAAGCAGCCCAUGUUUGCUACCCCGGAGCGACCAGCGCUUGCGUCCAGCCUCCCUACAGGUUCCAAUAUGCUUUCCAAAUCCCUGCCUACAGGAUCAUUCCUCAUGGAUCACGAAACUUACAAUGCACUCCUAACAACAAUGGAGAAUGAUCGCGCUGCUCGGAUAGCAUUAGAGGCGCAAGUAAUGGAACUCAGCCGACAGGUUAGCCGCCUUUCCAAAGGCCUGUCUACCACUCGUGCAGCCCAAACGAAAGACGACGUUGCAUCUCACCCCCUUGGGAAGACGUCCGUUUUGGAUUUUGGGGACACCAGAGGAGGCUUGGUAACAAGGGAUGGUGGCCUGAGUUAUAAGAGAGAUCACAAUGAAGAUUCUGGCAUUGGUACCGAAGCUGGCGACAAAGAGGAGUACCCUGAAUCAUUUGCCACGCUGAGCGACGAAGGUCAAAAUGCAGAUUUACCAUUCAGCACACCUAACGCAGCAUUGUCGCUUUCUAAGCUCACAAUGAUGGGUGGCAUCCCGGCAUCUCAGCAAGCAUUAUCGCAGACCAUCUAG